UGCUCCAGCCUGGCCCAAGGGAUGGCUCUCACCUCCACGCUCAUGGCCACGCUGCCCGGCGGCUUCUCCGCCUCCCCGCAGCACCAGGAAGCCCGGAAGUUUGCGCCCCCGGCUCUCCAGGGCAACUUCGACAAAGGCGACGGGAUCCCGCCCGAGCACGACGAGGGGAAAGCUUUCCUGGGCAAGGAGAGCUCCCUGCUGGCCUUCGCCGCCGCGGAAGUCGUGCCGGCUUCCCUGGGGGGGGCUGCCCGGGGGCCAGCCAAGGAGGACGCCAAAGCGGAGGACGACUCGAAAGGCAAGGAGGAGAGUUUCUCCAUGGACAGCGAUCUAGAUUAUAGUUCCGACGACAAUCUCCCCAGCCAAGCCGCCCACAAAGAGGAGGACUCUGGCAACGUGCUGGAAGAAAACACCCAGAGCACCAAUAACUCCAGCACCACCACGUCCACGGGCAAAAACCGCAGGAGGAGAACGGCCUUUACCAGCGAGCAGCUGCUGGAGCUGGAAAAGGAAUUCCACUGCAAAAAGUACCUGUCUCUGACCGAGAGGUCCCAGAUCGCUCACGCCCUCAAACUCAGCGAGGUGCAGGUGAAAAUCUGGUUCCAGAACAGACGAGCCAAGUGGAAAAGGGUGAAAGCCGGCAACGCCAACUCCAAGACAGGAGAACCGUCCAGGAACCCCAAAAUCGUGGUCCCCAUCCCAGUCCACGUCAGCAGAUUUGCCAUCAGAAGUCAGCACCAGCAGCUGGAACAAGCCAGACCCUGAUGCAUUUCUGCUCCUCCCCCCCCCCCUUCCCCCCCAUCCAAAAAUAUUGAUCACUUGGGUUUAAAACAAACACGGGCAAACUUCAGGCUGAAUCCAACCUAUCAAGCCAAGCAAGAAUCUUCGCGCAAGAGGCUCAAAACUGUGUUUUGUUUUGGAGGCGGAAUACUAAACCCUUGAAGAGACAGAAUAAAUAUUUAUUAUACUGUCCUACUUUGUAUAUAAAGUGUGGGAUCUCAGCUGCAGUGUUUUGACUCUUAUGGGACCAAGUAACCCGUAACACGAAUUCUUACAUUCCAGAAGAAAACCAACAGCGACAACCAUUUAAAAAAAAAACUGCAAUGCCUAUUAACCAUCUUUGGGGUUUUGUUUCUUAUCAUUUUGAAAGGUAAAAAUGAAACAGAACUAAGAGGUUUGUUUUUCCCUUUUUUGGGGUUGGCUGAAUGGCAAACAGUGGGGUGAAUUAUUUUAAUAUAUAUAUCUAUUUUUUGCCUGGCUUUCUGUCGAUUUGGGUGGCAUAUUCUCCUAAGCCAUGUUUGGCGAGCGCUCCUCUUUGUUGUGUUUUAAUUUAUUUUAAUGUAGCCUCUUCCUGAUAAGUUAUGACAUUUAAAAAAAAAAACAGUCUUGUGAAUAAACACAAAAAAGCAGAAAACGAAAAAGCAAAACCUGACCGGCUUCUGUACAGAAUUUCUUGU